AUGAGACUGUCACCUGUCAGCACCACGGACAGCGCCAGGGCGCCCGUGUCCGAGGCCUUGCCCCCGGCCUGGGGCACCACCACUGCGGGCGGCCAGGAUGGCAGCCAGACCUUGGCGCGGCUUUUAUGGGCANCCUGGGGCACCACCACUGCGGGGUGGGCACUGGGCGGGCGUCCAGCUGCAGGGCCGGGACGGCUGGUGCUUGUCUCCGGGACCAGGCCACUCAGCCCACUCUGUGCCUCUCUUGCAGGUCAGCUGGCCGCCGGCACCUGUGAGAUUGUGACCCUGGACCGGGACAGCAGCCAGCCUCGGAGGACGAUUGCCCGGCAGACCGCUCGCUGUGCAUGCAGAAAGGGGCAGAUCGCGGGCACUACCAGGGCCCGGCCCGCCUGUGUGGACGCCCGGAUCAUCAAGACGAAGCAGUGGUGUGACAUGCGUCCCUGCCUGGAGGGGGAGGGCUGUGACCUGCUGAUCAACCGGUCCGGCUGGACGUGCACACAGCCCGGCGGGCGCAUCAAGACCACCACGGAUCAGGAGGACGGGCCCUGGCAGGAGAUAAAUAAAAGAUGUGCUCUGGCCCAGGAGGUGCCCAGAAAGUCACAGGCAGACACCAGACUCGUGCCUCCGAGAAACAUCGGCGUCGCUAACAGCAGACCUGUGGCCAACCUGGAGGGGAAGGCGGCCACCGGGGACCCAGCGCCCACCUGA